GAUCCGACUCAGUAGAACAACUCACUCAAGACUCGUACGUACAUAGCUAACUGAAAGUGGAAGCAGCUUGUUCGUCGUUGUUUAAGAUUAUCAAUUAUGGAUGUCCCAGGUCCUGAUAGUGACUGGAGGAGUCCAGCCUUUCGACAGAAAGUAGUGGCGCAAAUUGAGGAAGCCAUGAGAAAAGCAGGAACUGGUCACACAAAGUCCAGCACUGAGAUGGAGAGCCAUGUUUUUAUGAAAGCAAAGACCAGAGAGGAGUAUUUAUCAAUGGUUGCGAGGCUGAUAAUUCACUUUAGAGACAUCCAUAAAAAAGCACAAGGUGGACCUGAUCCCAUCAAUGCCCUGCAGAAUUUACCUGGAGUGGGUGGAGGUGUUCCAGGGGUUAUUGGACCACGUCCUCCUGGUGCACAGAUGGGUGGAAUGGGGCAAAUGUCAAUGGGUCCACAUGGCAUGCAGGGAGUAGCGGGAGGGCAGCAGGCUGCGGGCGCUGCUGGGCCCAUGCAGCAGAUGAUACAGCAGCAGCAGCAGCAACAACAACAGCAGUCCAUUCAGUUUCAGACGUUCCAGCCGCAGCAGCAGCAGGCACCAAUGCAGUCUCAGCAGCCAGCAGCAAUGUUUCAACAGAUACGACUCCAGCAACUCCAACAGCACCAUCAGAAUCAGCAAAUGCAGCAUCAGAAUCAGCAACAGGCCCAGAAUCAGCAACAACAGAACCAGUUGCACCAAACCAGAAUGCAGCAACAGUUACAACUGCAGCAACUGCAACAACAACAACAGCAGCAGCAGCAACAGCUGCACCAACAACAAGUUCAUGCACAGGCACAGGCACAGGCUCAGGCUCAGGCUCAAGCCCAAGCCCAAGCUCAGGCUCAAGCCCAGGCUCAGGCCCAAGCUCAAGCUCAAGCACAGGCCCAAGCUCAGGCCCAAGCCCAAAGUAUCCAACAAAUGCAGCAACAACAGCAGCUUCAAGUCCAGGCUCCAGGUCAACCCCAGGUACAGGGUCAGGGAGGGGCAGUUCAAAUGCCCCCUCAUUCGCAGCAACAGCAAGUCUUAGUGCCUCAAAUGGUUCAAGGACAGCAUCCACAAAUGAGCGCACUCAGUCAACAGCAGCUGAAGCUGCAGCAGGCAAUGCAGGCAAGAAUACAACAACAACAGCAGCAGCAGCAACAACAACAGCAACAACAACAACAACAACACCAGCAGCAGCAGGUUCAACAGGUCCAGCAGGCGUCUCAACUUACAGCAGUGCCAGGCCAGAUGAUGCCCCGUCCUGGGAUGCAAAUUCCACCCCGGUUGCCCCGCGCCACCCCGAACUCUGCCAUUCCUCAAAACCCCGUUGCCAUUGGAGGACAGCAAAUGCCACAGGCUCAACAAAUGAUGUCAUCACCCUCCCCAGUUCAGGUACAGACGCCCCAGUCGAUGCCACCUCCACCGCAGCCCCAGCCGUCACCCCAGCCUCCUUCCUCUCAGCCCAACUCUGUCAGCUCUGGUCCGACCCCUUCUCCAGGAGGGUUCCAGCCCAGUCCCUCUCCUCAACCAUCCCAGAGUCCUGCCUCUUCACGCACACCCCAGAGUUACCCCCUCCAGGUGCCUUCACCAGGACCCCUGAACACUCCUGGUAACCCAAGCUCUGUGAUGAGCCCAGCCGGGGCCUCACAAUCUGAGGACCAGCUGUACAUGGACAAGCUGAGGCAGCUUUCAAAGUACAUUGAGCCGCUGCGUAGAAUGAUUAACAAAAUAGACAAGAAUGAAGACAGAAAGAAGGAUUUGAGCAAAAUGAAAAGUUUGCUCAAUAUAUUGACUGACCCCAAUACAAGGUGUCCACUUAAAACACUACAGAAGUGUGAAAUAGCGCUGGAGAAACUGAAGAAUGACAUGGCAGUGCCAACGCCGCCGCCUCCUCCAGUACCCUGUACUAAAAAACAGUACCUGUGCCAGCCAAUUCUGGAUGCAGUCUUGGCCAACAUCCGCUCUCCAGUUUUCAAUCAUUCGCUAUAUCGCACAUUUGCUCCUGCUAUGACAGCAAUUCAUGGACCCCAAAUAACAGGGCCCUCAAUUCCAUCCCGUAAACGGAAGCUGGAGGAUGAUGAGCGGCAGACCAUCCCUAAUAUACUUCAAGGUGAAGUGGCUCGGCUUAAUUCCAAGUUCCUGGUCAAUCUGGAUCCGUCCUUUUGCAGCAAUAAUGGAAUGGUGCAUCUCAUUUGCAAACUAGAUGAUAAAAAUCUUCCCAGUGUGCCCCCUCUUCAGCUGAGCAUCCCAGCAGACUAUCCUGAUCAGAGCCCUCACUGGGAAGAUGACGGUCAGCAGUAUGAGGCCAACCCCUUCCUGCAGACUGUGCAUAAGAAUAUGACCUCUAAACUCCUUCAGCUCCCUGACAAGCACUCGGUGACCGCGCUGCUGAACACCUGGGCUCAAAGCGUGAGGCAAGCCUGUCUUUCAGCUUAGAAGUUUCCCAUCAGCACUAGCACCUCUAUGGAAUGAUGGCAAUAUAUUAAUAUUUUCUCUGUCUUUUUAUUUACCUGAUGAAUCUUGUUUUGUUUAGCCCAGUACACUAAAGCCUUAACUGUGCAUUGCUUGAUCAAUAAAGUCAUUUAAACUGCUGCUUGAA